CAACCGCGCGCACGUGACAGCUCGUUGGCUCGUGUCAUCAUAACGCCCGCGCGACGCUGAAACGAUUCACGGACAUACAAAGCGAACAGCAUAAGCUGUUUACCCGUUUGGCCGCGCGGAAGAGCAAAGUGAGCGCACAUGGCUGGGUUCGGUAACUUCACGCACGCGAUUGUCCGCGCUAUUCCCGGUUCGUUCGCCACGGGCGCGCUGCGCACCGAAAACCUGGAGGAGGUGGACCCGAACAGGGCGCUCCGCGAGAAAAAAGCGUACGUCGCGGUGCUGCGCGAGCUCGGGCUGGAGGUGCUCGAGCUGCCCGCCGACGAGAGCAUGCCGGACUGCGUGUUCGUGGAGGACUGCGCCGUGGUCUGCGGCGACACCGCGCUCCUGACGAGGCCCGGGGCGCCGAGCCGACGGGGCGAGGUUGAGGAGAUGAAGACGGCUCUGACAAACCUCAGCCUGAACGUUGUGGAAAUGACAGACGAAACUGCUACGCUGGAUGGAGGAGACGUCCUCUUCACAGGUGCAGAGUUCUUUGUGGGGUUAUCAAAGCGGACCAAUCAGAGGGGGGCAGAGAUCUUGGCAGACACCUUUAAGGACUAUGCUGUGUCCACUGUGCCAGUCUCGCAUGGUCUGCACCUGAAGAGUUUCUGCAGUAUGGCAGGCCCAGGUCUCAUUGCCAUUGGCUCCAGCCAAACAGCACAGAGAGCCUUAAAGACCAUGCAGCAGUUGAGUGAUCAUAAGUAUGAUAAACUGACCGUUCCUGAUGAUGCUGCUGCUAACUGUGUCUACAUCAACAUGCCUGGGAAAGGCCACAUCCUUCUGCACGUCACGCCAGAGCAGUUCCCUGAGAGCGCCAAGGUGUUUGAGAAGCUGAAGGACUACACGCUCAUCCCCGUGUCCAACCUGGAGAAUGUGAAGGUGGAUGGCGCACUCAGCUGCUGCUUGGUCCUAGCCAACAAGCUGGCCAGGGUCUGAGGGACCCUACGGAGUGCGUACUACGGCCCCGUCCCGUAGUGAGACAGGAUGAGGAGAGGUCUGGUGGCACGGGAGGCCAGGUCCCAAUUCUGGAGAUUUCACUCACUCCCCUUAACCACUUCAACCUGGUGAAGGGCGCCAGAUUCAGAGCUGAUCCCCCCCCCCCCCCCCCUUUAGCGUGCAGGGUGUACAAAGUGUGUGCUGGGAGUGUGGAGGCACCCUGUGCACCCUUCAAACAACUGCUGUGUUGAUUUUUCAAAAUGUUCAAACUGUAGUUCGUUCAGGUCUAGUUUUUCCCAGGUGGAAGUGCACAGGGGAAGUGAGUGAAGUGGUGAUUGGGACCCGAUCUCUCUCUGUAGUUCACCCUGCGUGUGUGUGUGUGUGUGUGUGUGUGUGUGUGUGUGUGUGCGCACGCCCAGGCUCCUGCUCAAUAUUUACAAUCCUUUGACGCAGCCCUCAGAUGACCCUGUCACUGUACAGAGGAUGCCAUGUGUUGGCUAAAUGCCAUAAAAUGUAUGCUGUGCGUUGUGAUUGGCUGACUGUUAACCACCAGAGGAUUAGACAACCGUUCAGGCCACACCCACUGGCUGCGGUCCCGAUGCCAGCCUGCCUCACUCACUCCUGCUCUGUAGUAUAUGCUGUAUAUUCAGGGCCUCGUGCACUUUUUCAUUAAUCGUUAGGAAAUUAUUGUUUUAAAUGUUUCGCCUCUCUAAUGAGUGAAUGAAUAAAUGACUUUCUAAGCAUUUGA